AUGAAGGGGUUCCUUCCAAAGUUACGUCCUGCGAGACUACUGGAUCCCACUCUAUUCCGACCUUUCCAUUAUUGCCAUACGACGUGGAGGGACAGCGCAACUGCUCUCCGUCAGGAGCUUAUAGAACUUGCAGCGCGUUGGACAGAGCUUGGAAUGCAAGGCACCUGCCCUUAUUCUCCCAGUGAAACAGAAUUAAGAGAGCAUUCCCAACUCUAUGAGGAUUUUGAGACUGUCCAGAAACUUAAAAUGUGGCUUAUAGAUUCUUUGAACACGAAUUCUGACGGAUGGGUACCAAAUGAGGCUUGGGAUACAGCACAGGAUGCACAUAGGGCAGCCUAUGAAGAGUGGAUGAAAACAGCUCGGGAGUCAGAAGUCCAGGGAGGUGACCUGACCAUAGAGAAAGCUGAAAAACCGUGGCCUUUUGAUUCUAGAUGA